ACGACACCCGAGUGCCCAGCGCACCUCUUGAACGCUGAAUCAAAUCGAGCGACUGGUGCCUGACUAUGUCAACUAUCUUCAUGUGAAGUAUCAAUUACUGUCAAGACCUAUACAUGAAUCAAGAAAGUAUUACCAAGAAAUAUAAUAUUGUAAUACAGCCUUCGAUGUCAGAGACAGAGUGCGCUCUAUAUGUGUGUCCAUGGCAUAAUUAUAUCUGGCAAACAAUCUUAGUCGGAUGAUGUACGCCGGCGUUCUUUACAACCUACAGGUAUUUGACAAGUGAAAAUCAGAUAAUCAAUCUCAGUGUUUUUAUUCAGGUAAGCGUUUCAUUUCCGUAUAUGAAGAAAACAAUAUGAAGCGAGAAAUUCAUUAAAAAAUCCCUUUAUUGAAAUAUCUGUGGACAGUCUAUAUUCAGGGAAUUUUUUGACAACUUAGGGCACAUAUAGUUACUGUGGUGUGUCAAAUUAUAUGUAUUGUACACCUGAGCGCCGCCAACCCGGAUCUUUGUUGGACAAUAAUGCGGUUAUUUUGACUGCUGAAAAUAACCGGGUUUGCAUAGAAAUUCUCAAUAGUGUGAUAUAAAGGGUUACAGCCAAAACAUUACAGGUAGAGAGGCACAGGCUAACGCGUGCUCAAAUAAAAGGCCUACUGUAUACUGUAUCAACUUCAAUGUCGACAAGGCCAACAGCGAAACAAGCAGUGAACUACAGACGAGGCAAAAAUGAAUAAACUUGUUUUCCUGUCAAUGGUCACGGUCCUCGCGGCCAGUGUGGUCGGUCUUAGCAAAAUAUGCACUCCCCAGCCUGCCUUUGAUGAGGGCAAGGCGGUGAUCGUUGCCCUGGGAGAGGUGCACCAUCCUGCCAGCCUGGGAAACAGGGGCUGUGACCACGCCUUGGACUCCUUCGUCGUACAGGAGCUUGAAGCCUUAAGAUGGGCGGUUAACCUUAUAAAUUCAAAUAAUUUCACUUCUGGAGUUACGUUAGGACUAAGUAUGUUGGAUACUUGCGGCAACCCUUCCCUGGCUGUCCAAGGUACCCUCACACUAACGCCUAGCUUUUACUUGAGGGAAUACACCGAUUGCACUCCCGUCAAUAACAGUGAUGCUUUCAUUGGUGUUCUGGGACCUACUCGCAGUAGUUCUGCUGCCGCCGUGUCGGGCGUGCUGGACGGUAGGCACAUACCGCAGAUAGCGUACUCUACCACUGCUGAAACGCUCGGUGACAAGACCAAGUAUCCGGACUUCUUCAGGACUGUUCAUUCUGAUAAGGAACAGAGCAAGGUCAUGUUUGCUAUCGUUCGUGAGUUAGGAUGGAAGUACAUAGUAACUGUCAGCAGCGAUGACAAUUAUGGAAUCGAGGGAAUGAAAGAGUUUAGGCGGCUUGCAAAGGCAGACGGAAUAUGCAUUGGACUCAGCGAAGUUAUAGCAGACAACAACAACGACCCGUUGGUUUUGCGAGAUAUAUUUGACAAAUUGGUUUUGGAAAGUCGACAUACAGAUGGUCCUCUUGGCGUCGUCUACUUUGGCCCAUCACCAAUAGCCAAGGGGUUAAUAAAAGAACAGCAUAGACGCGGACUGAAGAACAUAUAUUGGGUGAUGCCAGACGCUGUCGGAGGGGCAUCUCACCUUUUCGGCGAUCAAGCAAGUACAGCCGUUGGUAUCCUGAGCAUCGCACCGGCACACAUCGCUAUUGGAUCAUUUCUGGAAGAUCACUGGAGACCUUUGCUCCGAAAUAUAAGCAAAGUGUCCGCUUAUCCCGAUAACGUGCACACACGGUGGUUGCAGGAAUGUUUCAUGAAGAUGUUUUCAUGUAAAUUUCCAAAUAUGCCGUCAUCCUUAGUGCCUGAUAUAAAUGCAAGAUUUUGUGGCUCUGUGCCUGAGAACGAGAUAGCACAGAAGACUUUGCAUCAGUCGCCGUAUCUCGUGCAGGCAUUGCAUGCUCUGUACGCGUACGCCUUAGCGCUGAAAAAUUGGCGCAUCUUCCAAACCCCUUCUGGCACGCUCUCUGCAAGAGAGUUGCUCAGAGAAAUUCCGAAAGUCAUUGUCGAUUAUGCCACUCUUGGUUUUGCCGCCCCACGAGAACUUAGGCAAAGCAGAAUCAGGUUUGAGUUCAGUGGGACUGGAGAUUUCAAUGUACUUAAUGGAUUAACAACCAUGUUUAAUAUUUACAAUUUCAAAGAUGAUGGGUCUUUCAAAUCUGUUGGAAACUAUGGUUUAAACGGACUUAGUCUCGACAAAGACAGUAUUGUGAUGGACAAUAACUACGGAUCGCUCGUGUCUGGAGUUCAUCUUCCUGUACCUUCUUGCAAAAGAGAUUGCCAGAGGUGCAAGAAAGUUUCUGAUGUUCCCUUCAUCUACAUCCCUGGGGACUUGUUAAUUGUCGGAUUGUUCUCUGUCCACGAUCAGGGGAAGAAACCUUUUGAAUGUGGCGACUACCGCAGUCUCACAGGUUCUGCGCAGCUGGUCGAAGCAUUCAUGUUUGCUUUGGAAGCCAACAACGCGUCCGGCUCUAAUUUUGGGGCUAUUGUAUUUGACGAUUGUUACAACCCAUUAGUAGCUACCAAGACACUGUUAAAUUUUCUAAGUGGGGAUCUAAAACUGACCGAUCCAGUGUCGGGAAUCGCGAUAGAUGCUGCUAAAGCCAUUGCUGUUAUUGGUGCGUUCUCAAGUUCGGUAACCAUCAGCAUAGCAGACUUUCUCACUCCGUUGCGGAUUCCGUUGAUUUCGUACGGUUCGGCCAGCACCAUACUCGAUGACAGAUACAGGUUUCCAUUCUUUUUGAGAACAGUGUCAAAUCUAGACCAACAGGCCGAAGCCAUGGUGGCGUUAUUAAAACAGUUUGGUUGGAACUACGUCAUAACGCUUAACUCAAAGAAUGCGUACGGUCGAAAUGGGUAUGAGCUAUUCAAAAAACACGCUGACAAGAAUGGAAUUUGUAUUGCCCGUAGUAACGAGUUGUCUCAUGAAUUUGGAAAUGCAGAUGCAAAGCUGCAAAGUAUUCAUACUGCCAUCAAUGACAUUCUUCCUUACGCGUCGAAAGCCAGGGUAGUCAUACUCAUAGCCGAUGACAUUCAUGCAAAAAAUGUUCUUCUCACUAUCGAGGAGCGCAACAAAAAUCUCCCGCGGCCUCUCGGAUUUAUUUUCAUUGGAAGCGAGGCAUGGGGGAGAAGUUCAAAAGUCAUAAAAGGAGUCGGAGAAGUCGCUGUUGGACACAUUACUGUUGGGAUCUAUCCGCAACGUGAUUAUCAUUUCGAACGAUAUUUCAUAAAUAAAAGACCGUCGCUUUCACACCGCAAUUUUUGGUUUAAUUUAUACUGGCAAGACCAUUUUCAUUGUGAUAUAGAAGGUACCUUUGACCAUAAAUAUGGAGUGCCGUGCCGGCCUUCAAUGAACUACAAUGAUCCUGGGAGAAGUUUCGAACCCGACCCCUGGGCCGCGUACACUGUGCUUGCUGUGAACGCCACAAUUAGAGGGUUUAGGCAAACGAUGAGGACCCACUGUAACAGCCGAUCAGACACAGCCUGCCUGGUGGAACUUAAAAAACUGGACAAGGUUGAAACGCUUGUGCAGAACAUUCAGAAGACAGAGUUGCUUGAUGCAAAUGGUAAUAUUGUAAGGCCAUUCAACGAUGAUGGGAAUGGAAAUGCUGGAUUUUCUAUUUACAAUAUUCAGAGAGAUCCUGUGACUCCCCAAAACUUGGAAUAUAAAAAGAUAGGAACAUAUCAAGACCUACUUGUGCUUGACAGAGAUAAAAUAAUUUUGCCAGACGGAGAGCCUGCGCAGGGUGGCGAGUCCUCGUGCAGCCGCUGCUUGGAGUGUCCAGAUAUUUCUACCAACGUUGAACCAGGUGAUUCAGGACACUCGAAGCAAGAGGUCGACGCCAAAGCUGUUGGGUUAAUUGUACUUGGUGUCGCCCUAAUAUUAUUUAUUGGUGCAGUGGGAUUCAUCUUCCGGCAUAUGUGGAAAAAACAUCAACAAGUUCAAAAGCAUCAACAAAAUGGCUACAAUAAAGAUCGUCCUCUGCCGCAGACCCCGGAAGAGGAAGAUCGGCGAAUAUACACGGUGCUUCCUGAAUCUAGAGAGACAGUUCCAUCGGUGUUACGUCACCCAUCGUCACAAUGCUCUAGAUGUGAUCAGAGAUCCCCUCAUGACAGUGACCGAGACAUUCCGUCUACCUUAGACAGUGGCCGCGGCAAUUCGUCCACCUUGGACAGCGGUCGAGACAUACUACCCACUGUGGGUAGUAACGGACAAAUUUCCCUCUCUGUGUCCACUUCGCCCAUCGUGAAUAGUGCUAGUUAUCUUAAUGUACAUAAAAAUGAUCAGGAGCCAGAGGAUCAAGGCACAUAUAACAUUAGCUUUGAAAACGAUUCCGACGGAGAGAGCUCCUUGCGGAAUGUAUUUGUCUAGUUAUUAAUUUCAAAUAAUAUUUUAUGACGAAUUUCAUGUACAUAAAAAAUGCGGCAUGGUCACUACUGUACAUGUAUCAACCAGUACUAAAGGUGGAUGUUUUAAGAAAACAAAUUUUUACUUUUUCAAAUUCUUUGUUAUUAAUGGGCAACCUGCAGCUUUGUUAAAAAAGUUAAACAUCGUUAAGUAGAGUAUUUUACUAUCCGAGAAUUCAUGUAUUGGUAAUUAGUAUUUUACGGUGGGGGCACAACAUAACAUUCACUCUAACACUUGGCACCGUGCAAUUUAUUGAUUUUAUAUGAAAUGAAAUAGAUUAAAUGAAAAAGUGGUUUUGAGAGUAAAAAAAAAAAAAACAAGUUU